CUUUGCACCACCACCAGCCAUCAUCAUGACCGACUCACAAGGCACCAAACCAUCUCUACCUAAGUUUGAUCCAGACAACUGUCAAACCUACCCGGCAAGUUGCCACUGCGGUAUCGUACAGUACUCGGUCCUUCUCUCCCCACCACUACCCCAGUGGAAGGUCGUAUCGUGCAACUGCAGCAUCUGCACUCGCAACGGUUACUUGCUAGUAUAUCCCGAGAGGUCGCAGCUACACAUAAAGAGCGGUGAAGAUAUGCUAAGAGACUAUUCUUUUGGGAUGAAAAGAAAUCUGCACAAGUUUUGCGCAAACUGUGGGAGCGCGGUUUGGUUUGACCCAAGAAUGUGGCAACUUGAAGAGACUGGACCCGAUUUAUUGGGUAUGAAUUCGUGA